AUGAGUUGGCCAGAAGAAAUGUCAUUUAUUGCAAAUAGCAGUAAAAUAGAUAGACAUAAAGUCCCCACUGAAAAGGGAGCAACGGGCCUCAGCAACCUGGGAAAUACAUGCUUUAUGAACUCCAGUAUCCAAUGUGUCAGUAACACUCAGCCUCUAACAAAAUACUUCAUCUCAGGGAGACACCUGUAUGAGCUUAACAGAACAAACCCCAUAGGAAUGAAAGGGCAUAUGGCUAAGUGUUAUGGUGAUUUGGUUCAAGAGCUGUGGAGUGGAACUCAGAAGAAUGUGGCUCCCCUUAAAUUAAGGUGGACAAUCGCAAAAUAUGCCCCACGGUUCAAUGGCUUCCAGCAGCAAGACUCCCAGGAGCUACUUGCUUUUCUUUUGGAUGGUCUACAUGAAGAUCUUAAUAGAGUCCAUGAUAAGCCAUAUGUCGAGCUAAAAGAUAGUGAUGGCCGACCAGACUGGGAAGUUGCUGCAGAGGCUUGGGACAAUCACUUGAGAAGAAAUCGGUCCAUAGUUGUUGACCUGUUUCAUGGACAGCUAAGAUCCCAAGUCAAAUGCAAGACCUGUGGUCAUGUGAGUGUCCGAUUUGAUCCAUUCAACUUCCUUUCGUUGCCUCUUCCUAUGGACAGCUACAUGCACCUUGAAAUCACAGUGAUUAAAUUAGAUGGCACCACUCCUGUUCGGUACGGGUUAAGGCUCAACAUGGAUGAGAAGUACACAGGCCUGAAGAAACAGCUUAGUGAACUCUGUAGCUUGAAACCAGAACAGAUUCUCUUGGCAGAAGUACAUGGAUCUAAUAUUAAGAACUUUCCUCAGGAUAACCAAAAAGUUCGACUGUCAGUGAGUGGUUUUCUGUGUGCUUUUGAGAUUCCAAUUCCUGGUUCUCCCACAUCAGCCACUAGCCCAAGUCAGCCAGAUACCAGCACAGUGCCAUCAUCAAAUGGCCCUCAUAGUCUCAUUGCAAAUGGAGUGCUGAAUCGGCCACCAAUAAUCCCAAAUGGAAUGCCAAAUACUGUAGUGCCAUGUGGAACAGAGAAGACUGUUGUUGCGAAUGGAGUACUGAACGGUCAUGUCUCAGUCCACCCUGAGGGCCCUUUCAUAGGCUAUAUUAUUGCAAUUCACAGAAAAAUGAUGAGAACGGAGCUUUAUUUUCUGUCAUCUCAAAAAAAUCGCCCCAGCCUAUUUGGAAUGCCAUUGAUUGUUCCUUGCACUGUCCAUACCCGCAAGAAAGAUCUGUACGAUGCUGUGUGGAUUCAGGUCUCCAGACUUGCAAGUCCUCUUCCACCACAGGAAGCAAGCAAUCAUGCACAAGACUGUGAUGACAGCAUGGGAUACCAAUAUCCUUUCACACUGAGAGUGGUGCAGAAGGAUGGUAAUUCAUGUGCUCAAUGCCCUUGGUAUAGGUUUUGCAGGGGAUGUAAGAUUGAUUGUGCAGAAGACCGGGCAUAUAUUGGCAAUGCUUACAUUGCUGUAGAUUGGGAUCCGACAGCCCUACAUCUGCGUUACCAGACAUCUCAGGAAAGGAUCGUGGAAGAGCAUGAAAGUGUAGAACAGAGUCGUAGAGCACAAGCAGAGCCUAUUAAUUUGGAUAGCUGCCUUCGGGCUUUCACAAGUGAAGAGGAGCUGGGAGAAGAUGAGAUGUAUUAUUGUUCCAAAUGUAAAACCCACUGUUUGGCCACAAAGAAACUUGACCUCUGGAGGCUCCCGCCAAUUCUGAUUAUCCAUUUGAAGCGUUUCCAGUUCGUUAAUGGCCGAUGGAUAAAAUCUCAAAAAAUUGUCAAAUUUCCAAGAGAGAAAUUUGAUCCAAGUGCUUUUUUGGUACCUCGAGGACCGAUACAAUACCAGAAAAAGAGAGCCAAACUUCAAGUUGAUGACCAGGCUGAGCCACGAUUGACACAUUGUGACCAGAAGAAAAUGGAAUUGAUCAACCCUGCUUCUGGAGAAAUAGAUGCGGUCAGCAAAGUACAACCAGUCAUCAGUUCUUCUAUAGCUAAUAGUAGUAAAGCAUCUCCAUCCCAAAAAAGGAAAGUGUCUUCAAAUUCCUCAAGUAAAAACAACAGUCCCAACCAUAGCCCUAGAUCCCUUGGGAGAGGUAAAGGCCGUCUACGUUUACCGCAGCUUGGAGGCAAGAAACUUUCAAGCAGCAAAGAGAAUUUGGAUCAAAGCAAAGAAAAUGCACAGAUAGUGAGUCAAGAGAGACUGUGGAUCAGGUAG